GAAGAGAAACUCUGCCUUUUCUUUCUUCCUUUUUGUCUCCUGGUGCAUUUGUCUUCGUGCAGCUCAAUCUGGAGGUUGCAGGUUAGAUCAAAGGGAGAAAAAGAGAACAGAAGCAAAGGCGUUAUCUUCUUCAUGACUAAGGUAUAAUUAGAGACACCUUCCAUCUGUUACAGCAUGCAGACUCUUCACGCUCGUGCCAUGAAGGAGAUGUUUUUACUGGCAUCGCUCGCGCUCCUCAGCCGCGUGCAUUCGACCGGCUUUACCGCCGAUUACGAGUAUGUCUGGAACACGCGCGAACAGAAUCGAUGCAUAGAAAUCCCAGAGGACCUGCGACUGUGCCACGGCAUCGGAUACCCGCGAAUGCUGCUGCCCAACCUGCUGGAGCACGACAGCGUGGCGGAGGUGAAGCAGCAGGCAGGCAGCUGGGUGCCGCUCGUGCACAGGAGGUGUCACCCGGGCACGCAGGUUUUCUUGUGCUCGCUUUUUGCGUCGGUGUGUUUGGAGAAACCGGUUUAUCCUUGCCAGCAGCUCUGUGAGUCUGUGCGCGACGCCUGCAGCCCCAUCAUGGAGUCCUUUGGCUUCCUCUGGCCAGAAAUGUUCAAAUGUGACAGGUUUCCACAUGAAGAAAACGAGAUGUGCAUCAAUGGCAACCUGUCCAGCAAUCCUGAUGUGCCCGAACCAAAAGCUGCAUGUCCACAGUGUGACAUCGGGAUGAACACAGAUUUCAUUCUGGAGAACAUGUGCGCCAGUGAGUUCGCUAUCAAAGCAAAAGUAAAGAAAACAAAAACACAGAAUAUGGAUAAGAAGGUGAUUCUCCAGAGGAAGAAGAAAACAGUGUGGAAUAAAAAUCAGAGCAUUCGGGAACCUAAGAAGCUGAUGUUGUACCUGAAGAACGGAGCUCUCUGUCCCUGUGAACAACUGGACAAUAAAAAGGAUCAUUAUCUAAUCAUGGUACGCAAAGUGGAUGAACGCUACUUGUUGACUGGCAUCCACCAGUGGGACGAAGAGCGCUCAGAGUUCCAGAAACUUCUGAACCAAAUCAAAACUCACAAAUGUUCUGCCCUCGAUUCAAUUUUUAAAUAAUUCAACCCAACAAAACAGUGACACACGUAAUAACGAUCCUGUAGUGUACACGCUUUAGUAAUUUUGUGGCUCAAUCAGACCAGGGCCCGUACUCAUAAAGACUCUAAGAAUGAUCUGAGAGCGCUCCGAAUUGAUUUUAAAAAUGCUUAACUAGGAAUCUUAUCUUAAGAGUGAUUCAGGACCAAUCUCAGAGCAACUCUGAGCAAAGAAAAAUACAACAACUUUUAUUUUACAGAGGAGGCGGGGCAUUACCCUGUUACUAGGUGACACAUUGUUUUGAAGACUGUGAUUGGUUGUCUAAUAAAAAAAAAAAAAAAAAAGUGCUUUUAAAAUCUGGCCUAUUAUAAGCCUUCACUUUGUCUCUCUAUCUUAAGAUAUUUGAGUCUAUAUCGUGUAGGGAUUACGUUCGUGACUGAUCAUAUUAAGGAUGCAGGUUAUAAAUGUCUGUAGGUUAUAAAUGUAAUAAAUGUAAUGUAAAUGUAAAUGUAAACAACUCUAACACAGCACAGCAAUGUCAUAGCACAGCAUGUUUUUUUCUGUGCUGUCUGAUGUUAUCUCAAAUAUGAUUGGUCACAAAAAUUAAUCCCUACCCGAUCUAAUCUGUAGCAUCUCGUUAACUCACUAUCAUUAUUAAAUAUUGUAUACAGUACAUCUCUUCUCCCUCUUCACCUUUCAGCCAUUUUCCCCUCUGAUAAAGAACCUCUUAAGCCUCUUAAAAAUCCUUCUCACUACUCCUAACAUUUUUUAAGCCCUUUUAAGGGUUAAGAUUCUUUUAUGAAUAAAUCCUUUAAAUCUAUUACUAGGAUCUUCUCUUUAAGUUUAAGAUGAAACUUCUCAGAAUCUCUUUGCACUAAGGAAUUUCAUGAAUACGGGCUCUGGUUUUUAAAACGGAUAACAAUGUCGUAAAAUCCACAAGGAGGUUGAAAGAUAUGACAAAAUGAUCAUAUUAUUAUACUUACAUAAUGUAUUCUAGGAUACACAAGAUAGAUCAGAAUAUAUGCCUUGCAAAAUACAGACCUGUGAAAAACUGAAUCUGAAAAAAAGAAAAACUGCAAGAAGAAUUUGUAAUUUUAUUCUUUUUUUUUUUUUUUUUUACAAACAGUUAAAUGUGACUGUGAUACCUGUGAUAUCUCAGAAAAGUGUAACUAUAUCCAUAUCUAUCAUCAUAUCCAUCAUAUCACCCAGCACUAAUCCAGGAAUAAGUCUUUCUUCAUCUUAGUAAUGAACAAAAUUAACCAUUAUGACUAGUAUAUGAUUACAUAUGUGACAUAAAUAUAUUAUAUAUGUAUAUACAAUAUUAACACUUUUAUUUGCAUAUACAUAAUCUUCCUCUCAUAUACUCUCAUAUAUUACUAUUACACUGCUUCUUCAUUUUAUGGUAAUAUUCACAUGGAGUUAGUCCCGUGUUCCAUUUGGGAGGAGACUCUACAAAGGCAGCAUUUGAACCGGUGUUUGUGCUUCACAGAUAAAACCUCUGAAAGCUGUUGAAUGGAUUUAACUUUGAACAGUAUUUCUGUUCACUAAACAUGUAUUCCAUUAAAAUGUCUUUUGUUUUUUUUAUUAAAUUCAGCACAGACGCAAAAUGAAACUGAUCAAAUGUUAGUCACAUAUUGAAAGACGGGAAGUUUGCACAGACGUCUAGACGUCGAUGUGCUCAAGUUACCUGUUUUUAUUUUUCAUGAUAACUCUGAUUUAAUGAAAUUUUGAAAUAAAUCUUUUCCUUU